GUCUAAUAUGGACGCUAUAGAUUUUUUGCGUGCUAUUUGUUUAGGCUGCUUUAAGUUGGACUUCAGAAGUGUGGCAGAGUUAAACUUAACGAAUUGCUUGCACAUUUACUGCAAGCCGUGCUCUGAAAAACUAAUGAAAUAUGGAUGCAUAUCUUGUAAGAACAAGGGCAGUGUCCGGGUGCAAUCGUUAGCCAAGCUGAAUCCAGAUUACAGAUUGAUGUUUUCCACAAAAGAGAGGCGGGAGAAAAUUGCAAACGAGUCAUUUGCUGCCACUGAUGAAAGGAACAGAAAUUUAUUGGAGUUCUUCCAAUUAACAAUCAAAAAUAUGAAUGAAGUAAUGGAGCACAGGGAAAAGAUUCUGAACAAAAAAUUGUCUGCUAAAAUUACAGAAAUAGAAGUUUCGUUCAAAAGCAAGGUUGAACAUAAAGACAAAGAAAUCACAAAGAUGAAGAAAGAAUUGCAAGAAUGCAAGGUUGAAUUAAACCGGUACAGACAAAAGCUCGAAUCAUAUAAUCAAAAUGCUUCUGACGCGGCAUAUAGAAGCCACCGAAAAGACCGGCACGACCGAAAUCCAACUGAAAAUCAAGAAUAUGGCAGAAUACUCAAAGCUAGGCACGAGGAAAAAGUGAAAGAAGAGAUCAAGGUUUUUCUGGAUUUCCAAAAUAACACCGGUUCAUCAAUCGGGUCCAAUCACCGAGAGCCUCCUGUUAGAAAGCCUGCAAGCAACUCUAGCUUCGUCGACCAAUUUCGUGCGCCAACUAAUUUCCGAAGCCAACGGCCGGGCGAGAACUCCUUUAGAAAAGGCUUCGAAUCACGACCAAGCAUAGUGCCCAAUAGUCAAGAAGUAGUCAAUGACGCAGAAUUUCGAUCGCCUAGAUCGGUUUUCCACUCUGUCAAAAGAGCACAGAACAGUAAAAUACCAAGCAAUGAAUUGAAAGGGCGCUUUAAAAUGUAGAUUGAACGAAUAAUUGUUACUUAAAGAUUGUGGAGAAUAGUGUGCUAUUUGAUCGUGGUUUCAAUUUAAAACGCUUGAAAACGCAAUGUAAAAUGCAAAUACAAUAAAUUGAUGUAUGAGAGUUCGAACCCGAAUUUAAUUCUUUGCUAAGUGUUUGUUAGAUUUGAGUGCUCCCCAAAUGUACAGUUAUUGUUCCGGAGUUGGAAGAGUUAUAGCCCAGCGCUGGAUUUUUCACGUCAUGGCAAAUAUAUUGAAACAAUCUAGUUUUUGAUUGAGUGGGUUAUCGUAUGAAUUUUCGAGUCGUGGAUUGGUGCCAAAAACAUACUUUGAAAAAUUUUUGAGAAAAACAGGUCUGAAUGUUUUCGUUUUCCGUCCAUAUUACAAGCCUUCAA